AUGUGCAUCCAAGACCACCUGCAAGUUGCAACUAUGAAGAUGAACAACAAAGGAUUUAAUCAGAAGCCACGUGGAAUUUGUCAUCAAAAUCUGUUUUCCAAUUCUAAGCUAGUCGCCACUAUCUUCAUCAUCAUUUUCUUCCUCAUCCUCGAUGCUUGGAUGGAUUUGUUUGUAAUAGGUAAGAGUAGAAUCCAAAUGAUGACGCCAUCGAUAUCGUCAACUACAAACACAAUCAUAGAGAUCCCAUUAAACUGCAACAACACAGCACAAACAUGUCCGUUAAACUAUCCAAGCAGAUUCGAACCAGAGAUCUCUUCCUCGGAGACAUGUCCUGACUACUUCAGGUGGAUCCAACAAGACUUAAAGAUAUGGCAAGAGACAGGGAUCACAAGGGAAACACUAGAGAGAGCAAAACCACAUGCUCAUUUCAGGCUAGUGAUAAAGUCAGGGAGAUUGUAUGUUCAUCAGUAUACUAAAUGUUAUCAGACAAGAGAUGUGUUCACUAUUUGGGGAAUGGUUCAGCUUCUAAGGAUGUAUCCUGGCCAAGUCCCUGACCUUGAGCUUCUCUUCCUCUGCCAUGAUCAACCCGGUAUCUGGAAAAAAGACUUCAGACAAGAGGACAAUGCCACGUGGCUUCCUCCGCCGUUGUUUCAUUACUGUAGUCACCGUGAUGCAUACGACAUCGUUUUCCCUGAUUGGAGCUUCUGGGGAUGGCCGGAGGAUUGGGAUAAGGAGAAGGAGUUAGGGUUCAAAAGUUCAAACCUAGAAGACCAAUGCACCCAUAGGUACAAGAUUUACAUAGAAGGUCGUGCAUGGUCGGUGAGCAAAAAAUAUAUAUUAGCGUGUGACAGUAUGGCUCUACUAAUUAAACCAGAGUUCUAUGAUUUCUUCGCAAGAAGUAUGGUUCCAUUGGAACAUUACUGGCCCAUUAGAUCUCAAGAGAACUGUGGUGACCUCAAGUUCGCCGUCGAAUGGGGUAACAACAACACUGACAAGGCGCAAGCUAUAGGGAGACAAGGAAGUGAUUACAUGACGAAGAGCCUGAAGAUGAAGUAUGUGUAUGAUUACAUGUUGUAUGUGUUACAAGGUUACGGGAAGCUGAUGAAGUUGGAUGUGACCGUGCCUGAAAAUGCGACCGAAGUGUGUUCGGAGACGAUGGUUUGUCCGACUACUGACGGUGGACUGAUAAGGCAGUGCAUGGACGACUCGUUAGUUAUGUCUCCGAGCGUCAAGGCGGCUUGUGACUUGCCACAGCCUUAUGGAGAUGAUGAGCUCAAGAGGUUUCUUGAGAAACAAGAAAGUGCAGAGAGAGAGGUUGAGAAGUGGACCGAUGAGUAUCUAAAUGUCCAAGACACGUUUCUCCAACAACGAAAAUAA